AUGUUGCAAGGAUAUCGAGCGAUCGCAGUCGGCGUACUGCUGCUGGCGUUGUCCUGCCAAGGAACGACCGGUGAGACAGAUCCUGGCCCGACUGGAACCGGAAAUAGCCCUACCAAGCUGGAUGAGUUCGUGCUCGGUACGCAAUCGGAGUGUUACAAGUCGAAGCGGCUGCUGUCCUGCUUCAAAUAUCGCUUCUCACGAUAUAUGUGGUCAUUUGCGACUGGACGGGCGAAUUGGUUCGCGGCCGAGAGUGAAGCUGUUGAGGGUUCAAAUGGGCUAAAGUUGGUGAGACUUAACGAACCGAAGGAAGAUGACGUGUUUCCGGAGGCACGCCAGAUCAGCCCGUACGACAGCGAGCUGGUGAAGGGCGCCAAGUUCUUGCAGAGAGCGCUCAACACCUUCAUCGCGAGCCACGGCGUACAGGUGGGCAUGGGAGCUGAGAGUGGUGCCCGGUUUCUGGCCGAAGACGGUGAAUUUGAGGCUCGUGGAAAGAAGCAACGCCAGCGCAAAUGGAGCCUAAUUCUGCCACUGGCCGUGAUGUUGAAGCUGGUUCACCUGAAGUUGCUGCUGAAACCGAUCCUGCUCGGUGUGGGACUCAUCCAGGUGUUGCUCAUCGCGGGUGGGCUGCUAAUUUUCCACUUCUUCCGUAAUACGAACAUCUGCAAGAUCCAGCCGCACGUCAUCCACGCGCAUUCGCACAUCUCCAGCGAGUCUAGCCCUGAGCUUUCAUACGCCGCUUACGGUGGGUAUCCGUCGUACUCGGCCUCGCCGUAUAACGCGUACAGCAAGGAUUGGGCCAACAGUCGGGCGUAUAGUGGAUACGGCUUCCUCGAUGCCAUCGAUAAUCAUAAAAUCUAG